AUGGACUAUACAUUACACUUGUCAAACACGAGUCAUACAAAUCAUCCACAAGUUAGAGGGCAUUUUGGAGGUUUCGUUUCGCCAAUUUCUUCUUCUACAAGUAACACAAGUAACUCCAACAUCAAUAAUAAUGUUAAUAAUCCUAGCAAUAUGAUGGGAGGAAAAAAAAGGGUUAGAAGUGAUAGUAUGAAUAGGAUUGACCAAGCUCAGAAAGUUAUACGAUCAUUAUCACGUAAUUCUUUAUGUUCAAAUACAACAAAUAAUAGCUGUUUGAUCGAGAAUUAUCAAGAUCGAAUGAAUUUAGUUGAUAAUAAUAAUGAUGACAAAUUUAAAUUAAUCUCAUCGUUGUCACUUGCUUCUUCUUCUCCUCUAAUGGAUUGUGACGAGCAACAAUUUAGUUUGAAUGAAGAAUUAGACGAGGAAAACAUGGUAAAUUAUUUAAUUAAGAUUAAUUAUGAAUAA